AUGCCAUCUAUUACUGAAGACUAUGAAAGCUGGCUAAAGUACCAGAAACAGAAAUGGAAAAUCCAAAAACAGGCUCGAAUCCGCCGCCGCAAGCUCUUUGGUGAGAGAACAAGCACGACUACUAAUGUAAUUGGUAACUUCUUCCGGAAUCAGGCUGAGCUUGUUUAUGUCAAAACUUGGCAAAUUUUACAGCUCAAGGAAACCGAUAUUCCCGGUGAAGUUAGAAUGUUCGUGCUAAUUGACCACAAGAUACACGCACUUACAGUCAAGCCAAAGCAAAAAUACUUGAUGGACGUUUCUAUGGAAUACAUAUUCCUCUAUCACGUUGUGUCUGGCGAUAGACAGAUUUUCGCUAUUUACUCGAGCCGGAAUGAAGAAGCCCAUAUCGUGAUUCUUACGCGGCUGAGAGAAGUGCAAGGUUUUCCAAACGUCGACAAGAUAUACAAGGAAGCGCUUGAGAAGAAAGUACAGGAACAUGCUGGCGAAUCGUGGCAACAGAUAUUUGACUAUCAGGAUAAUAUUCAUUUCAAGACAACGCAGGUUACGACGAGGAGAAAGGCCUUGCUUGAGGUUGGCGAUGUAAUUAAGAAAUUCCGAAUUGACAGCAAUCAGGCAAUCAUGCUGGUUGUUCAGUCUCCUCAAAGACGCCAAUUAACACAGGAGAUACCGAUAAUAAAAGAGCAUCCUGUUCUACCUCUGAGGUCCGAGGCAUCAGACAAUGAUCUGCCUCCGCUUGGCUGGCAACCCUUUGUUGCAAAACAAAUAACAAUGCACUAUUUAGCACUGGGUUCAUGGCUAUACCAUCUAGUUCUAUGGUGGUCUCCCUCGCCCCUCCCAGAUCAUGCCGGCUAUGAAAAGGACGAUAUCCUCGGGCCGAUGCAGAAGGUAGAUAUGCCUUCAAGCAACAAUCCGGGGGCCUAUUCCUCUGUUUGCAUUGAACUCGAAAUCCGGAACCUCGCGAUUAAUACAAUUCUCACAUCAUCCCUCAUUAACGAACUUGAGGGAAGUGAAUCUACUUUGCUGAAUCCCGUUGCGCCGAACGAGACUGGAGCUUCAGAUGGAACAGGAGUGUUAUAUUCCGAUACUGCGUUCGCUUCUGCGGGCAUUCUUGUCUUGCGUGACUUGGUAAAGUCUUGGUGGGCGGAGGCGUGUCAGGGAAAUGGAAUGGCUGAUAUUAUGGUCCAACAUUUAAUUCGAUGGGUGGAGAGCUCAGACUCUUUCCUCUAUGAUCGGUCACUACAUUAUCACGUGCAAAUGAUGUCUAAAAAGGCAUUUCAACAAUUGAUGACCGAUUUCCGACGAAUGGGUUCCCAGAUAAUCUUCGCCAGCCCUAGCCGGUUGUUACUCCAAACCACCAAGGGCGAAGUGGCCAACGCUUACGCUUACAGUCAGUAUAUCGUCAAGUCGAUCAAAGAAAAGCCACUCUUUCAUUUCCUGGAUUUAGAAAUUAAGGAAUACUGGGAUUAUCUUGUUUGGUAUGAUGAAUUCAAUUUCGGUGGGAAAGGUUGUCAAGAGGUUGUUGAGACUGAGAACCAAGAACUUGAGACAGUCAUGCAUUGGCAACUGAGCAAGUUCCUCCCAACACCCUUGCAAACCGUUUUCCUCGACUGGGUCGUUGAAUACAUUGAACUCAUGCAUGGGCUGAAGAGACCCACUAUUGACAACGAAGGGGCAGACCCGCCUAGAGCCACACAACUGCCAUUCCAAUCAAUUACCGAAUCUGACUCGGGGGAAAUGACUUCAAUCCUCACCGAAUCAUUCUCCAAGCCACUGAAGAGACAAAUUGCGGGGCUUAUACGGCGGCAACGUGAUGAGCUCCUUCAUCCUGAACUGGCGUCUGACUAUGUAUUUCCCACCCUCCCUGGUGCGUCAUGGCGUGCAUCAAAACACGAACGCAACCCAACACUUGAGCUGGUUAAGUCUCUAAUGCAGGUUCUGAGCCUAUGUAAGACCACUACUUUGGAAACGAGACUCCUUCGCCGCGAACUCCUUGCCCUUUUCGAGGUUAAAGAAUUUAGCGAUGAGGGGAGAUUUGAGAAUCCAAGUGGAAGUCUCAAAUUUCCACAACUGAUAUGCAAUCAUUGCACCAUGACGCGGGAUCUAGAUAUUUGCCGAGAUGGCGAUUUGUUACCCGAGAACAGCGCCGACAACAUUGCUGCUGGAAGCAACCCUUGGUGCUGUCUCUCUUGUGCCACCGAAUAUGACCGUCUCGCUUUGGAGGAGCGGCUGAUCGGGCAAGUACAAGGUCUUGUCGUCGAAUGGCAGACACAAGACUUGAAAUGCUCGAAAUGCAAAAGCCUUCGGGUGAGCGAAUUCAUGGAACAUUGUUCUUGUAGCGGGAGUUGGGUUGCGACAGUGGACCUAAGUGGGAUUAAAAAGAAGCUGAGUCUUUUCAAGAGCGUAGCCGAAUUUUAUGGGCUUAGAAUGCUGACGACUGUUACGAAUGGCGUUUUGGAAAGGAUGUAG